GAGCUAUCAACAACCAUCCAGCUGAGGUCAAUUGUCGCUCAACCCCCAUCAUGUCGACGAUCUCACGAACAUUGUCCAACCUGCGAAAGGUUGGAAUCAAGGACUACUUUGUCCAGAUGCUGUACAUCGGUGACACCAAGGCUGGUCGUCUGAUUGGCACCGAUCGCGCCGGCAACAAGUUCUUCGAGAACAACGAGGAACUCCCCCUCCGAACACGCUGGGUCGAAUACGCCAAGCACGAUUACGACGCCGCUCACAUUGAGCCCGGAUGGCACGCCUGGAUCAGCUACAGCGUCGAUAAGCCUCCUACCGAGGAUCCUCUACUACAAGCUGGUGUCCGAGCCUUUGAGCCGUCACGCGCCCUUCCCAACUUUACCCAAACCCGUGGCGCUUUCAAGACUUACAACACUUCCAAGUCCAAGAUCUCGGCAUGGGAACCUGUGGCUGCGCCUCGGGCAUGAGGAUGACUGGUUAAGUGUACAUAAAUUCGCGUAGAGGUUGCAAUCAAGAACCCCAAAAGGGGUUGAAUUCAGAUGAGCUGCUAGAUUCUAUAGCUAAAACAUGGCAU